AUGGCGCCGCAUGCGGGUCCUUCCACUCGGCGCAGCAGACGAGUGCGCCGCAGCGGUGCCGCACGCGGCGGCAGCGUCUUCUCCUCCGACUCCGACGGCAGCCUCUCGCUGCCCGACGAGCCCGACGACAGCGACGUGGCCGACCCCUUCUGGGCACGUCCGGCAUUGCGCAGCGCCAGCGGCAGCGCCUCGCCUUCGCCGCCGCCUCGCGACGCUUUCCACGCCUCGGUGCCGUACGACGAGGCACGCACACGCACGCCGCCGCCCGAGCCCGGCGCACCCACGCAUCCGCCGCUCAGCACCGAGGAGCAGGCCGAGCUGGCAGACCUCGAGCCCGAGGAGGUCGCCGUCUAUCUGCGCGCCAAGCAGGAACGGCAGCGCCAGGAGCGCAUCGCUGGUGUCGAGCGUAUUGAGCGAGAGCAGGCUGAGGCGCAGCGGGCCGAGCGCGAGCGCCGCGCGCAGGAGGAGCGCGACCGAUGGAAGCUUACUGCGCCGCAGCUGGCGCUCAUGGAGCGCACAGCUGCAGCGGUCCGUUCGUCCAGCACGCCGGAUGUGCUACAGAUGCGCAUCCUCGCCGGGCACGGGGCCGACGCACGCUUCAGCUUUCUACGGCGCGGCCGCGAGCAGCACUGGGGGGCAGAGUGGGACCGUCUACUGCGCGGCGAGCGCGUGACGCUCGAGGAGGAAAAGAAGGGCCUGCUGGUGGGCUACGACUCGGACAGUGAGGAGAGCGAGGUCGGAGCGUCUGGCAGGGAGGGCGACGGGGCGACUGCGGAAGCGCAGCAGGUCGCAGCAGCAGAAGAGCAGGCCGCAGCACCGACGGCACCGGGCCCUCCGCCGACGCUGCCGCAGGAGUCGGCCAGCAAGCGACCGCACUCGCCGGAAGCUGCAGAUGCUGAUGCUCUUGCAGCGGCAAAAGCUGCGCGUCUCCAGCGCGCCCGCGAGUGGGCCAGCAAGCGCCGGCAGGAGCUCGCCGAAGAGGCAUCGGCCGCCGCGCAGAAUGAGCAAAGUGACGUGUGA